AUGGCCUCUGCGACCAAGUCUGCCGGUACAACCACAAAAGUCGCCACUACUGUGGCAGCUGCUAGCGUAGCAGUAAUAGCGGCCCAACCACUGUUGUUAAAAUUUGACGCGCUUCCUGCAUGGAUGCAGGAUAAUGCUUUUAUUUUAAGCGGCUAUCGGAGGCCACAGUACUCUUGGUCGGGAUGCGCUCGUUCAGUGUUCGGAUACUUGCACAACGAGAGUGUCAACAUCCACACUCACCUCUUUGGGGCACUCUGGCUCCUGUAUAUACUUGUCAACGUCGGAAAGACCCAGGCCGGGUAUACGACUUUGACAUGGCACGACCCAGUAGGGUUCGGUCUCGGGCUCUUAGCUGGCGUUUUUUGUCUCGGAGCCAGCGCGUUGUACCAUACCUCUACCUGCCAUUCACCAGCUGUUUCGAGAAGAUGUAAUGCACUAGAUUACUCGGGCAUUAUUGUGGGGAGCUUUUAUCCGUGUUUACACUACGGUUUUUAUUGCGAUUAUCAUCUUCAAGUGAUCUAUGCAGUGGGCAUCACUGUGGCCGGCGCAAUUGCAGCAUACGUAGUGCUCAACCCGGUUUACGGUACACCCGCAUAUCGCUGGGCUCGUACCACGGUCUUCUUCCUCCUUGGAAUCUGCGCCCUCGUCCCAGUAACCCAUGCCUACCUCAUUUACGGCUUGGAACGCAUGCAAAACGAGAUGGGCAUCAACUGGAUCGCGUUGACCGGAAUAAUGUACAUGAGCGGAGCACUGAUUUAUGCGUGUCGCGUGCCUGAGCGCUGGUUCCCUGGGACCUUUGACUUUUUUGGAUCAUCGCACCAGAUUUUCAUGUGUGCGUCGUAA